UAUAUAUAUUAACACGUAAGUCAGACUAAAGUCUAAAAUAUGACUGAAGAGGCAUCAAAAGUGGCUAAACAGCCCAUGACGGAUGAGGAGAGACUUGCUCUUUGCCAGAAGCUGGAUAAAGAGUUGGAUGACUUCAUAGAUAGCUUAGAGAAAAAGAGAUACACAGAGGGAUGGAGCGAAGACACAUGGGAGGAAGAAAUGGACAAACAUCCAUUUUUUAUGAAGUCGACACCAGAAGAUGGUACCCUGUCACCUCUGGCCGAAGGUCUGGCCAAGCUGAAGUAUGACCCAGAAGAGAACACACCUGUAGAGCUUGCUGCUAACUAUAAGGAGGAUGGAAACUUCAAUUUCAAACAUAAAAACUACAGACUUGCUAUAUUAGGUUACACAGAGGGCAUUAAACAAAGAUGCAAUGAUGCAGAAAUAAAUGCAAGCUUGUACAACAACAGGGCAGCAAGUCAUUGGCAUUUAAAGAAUUAUAGAUCUGCCUUGUUUGACAGUGAGAAGGCUCUCAGUUUCAAUGCAAACCACACAAAGGCUCGUAUUCGUGCAGCAAAAGCUGCUCUAGAAGUAAUGAAAUAUGACACUUGUAUAGAACACUGUCAAAAACUAUUAGAAGGUGAAACAAAAGAUAAAGAAAUAACUGAACUACUGAAUACAGCGAAAAAGAAGAAACUGCAACAGGAACGUGAUCAAAGAAAGAAAGAGAGGAAAUCUGAAAAGGACAAUGAACAAAAAGACCAAGUCAUCAAGGCUAUUAUUCAACGAGGUAUUAAAAUAUCGAAAUGUGACGACGAAGAUGACAUAGAUUUGUCCAAGUUGGAGCCGAGCUUACCAGGAGCUCAGGAUGCGAUAGUACAUAUAGAAAAUGGUGUGUUACAUUGGCCUUUGUUACUUUUGUAUCCAGAAUUUCAAAUGACGGAUUUUAUUCGCGGUUGUCCGGAAAACGUGCCUUUAUUGAGUCAGUUGGAACAGGUCUUUCCAGCGCCUUGGGAUGAAGACAAUAAGUACAGUUGUUCUAAAAUAAAUGUAUAUUUCGAAGGUUAUGAUAAAAUGCCUCAUGUUAUCAAUCCCUCUAAGAACCUUGGUGAUUUAUUAGUGACGAAAUACUAUGAACUGAAGGCUGGUACUCCCGCGUUCUUUAUACUCCCUCGUGGUAGUGUCGUCGAGCGCAGGUUUUUGGAAAGCUACAUUUAAUUGUAUUUUAUCGUUUUAUUUUUAUUUAACUUUAAAUAAAUUAAGUUUUAUAUUGGAUGUUGAAUUUGAUGUUUAAUUGUUGAAGAUAUUUCCUAAAGCCUUGUGAUUU